AAAUUCUGGGAGGUCCGAGCCACCAGCAGCAGGACUGAAGGAGCUAAGCCUCAGCAUCCUUGGCUUUGCAGUCUCCUGCGGCAAGCAUUCUCGAGGAAGCCAGCCAAGGACCAACUACAACCAUGAGACUGGCAGUGGUUUGCUUUUGCCUGUUUGGCCUUGCCUCCUGUCUCCCGGUGAAAGUGGCUGAGUUUGGCAGCUCAGAGGAGAAGGCGCAUUACAGCAAACACUCAGAUGCUGUAGCCACUUGGCUGAAGCCUGACCCAUCUCAGAAGCAGAAUCUUCUAGCCCCACAGAAUUCUGUGUCCUCUGAAGAAACGGAUGACUUUAAGCAAGAAACUCUUCCAAGCAACUCCAAUGAAAGCCAUGACCACAUGGACGAUGAUGACGACGACGAUGACGACGGAGACCAUGCAGAGAGCGAGGAUUCUGUGAACUCAGAUGAAUCUGACGAAUCUCACCAUUCCGAUGAAUCUGAUGAGUCCUUCACUGCCAGCACACAAGCAGACAUUUUGACUCCAAUCGCCCCCACAGUCGAUGUCCCUGACGGCCGAGGUGAUAGCUUGGCUUACGGACUGAGGUCAAAGUCCAGGAGUUUCCCUGUUUCUGAUGAACAGUAUCCCGAUGCCACAGAUGAGGACCUCACAUCCCGCAUGAAGAGCCAGGAGUCCGAUGAGGCUCUCAAGGUCAUCCCAGUUGCCCAGCGUCUGAGCGUGCCGUCUGAUCAGGACAGCGACGGGAAGACCAGCCAUGAGUCAAGUCAGCUGGAUGAACCAAGCGUGGAAACACACAGCCUGGAGCAGUCCAAGGAGUAUAAGCAGAGGGCCAGCCACGAGAGCACCGAGCAGUCGGAUGCGAUCGAUAGUGCUGAGAAGCCGGAUGCAAUCGAUAGUGCCGAGCGGUCGGAUGUUAUCGACAGUCAGGCGAGUUCCAAAGCCAGCCUGGAACAUCAGAGCCACGAGUUUCACAGCCAUGAGGACAAGCUAGUCCUAGAUCCUAAGAGUAAGGAAGAUGAUAGGUAUCUGAAAUUCCGCAUUUCUCAUGAAUUAGAGAGUUCAUCUUCUGAGGUCAAUUAAAGAAGAGGCAAAACCACAGUUCCUUACUUUGCUUUUAAUAAAAACAAAAAGUAAAUUCCAACAAGCAGGAAUACUAACUGCUUGUUCCUCAGUUCAGUGGAUACAUGUAUGUGGAGAAAGAAAUAGAUAGUGUUUUGGGCCCUGAGCUUAGUUUGUUGUUUCAUGCAGACACCACUGUAACCUAGAAGUUUCAGCAUUUUGCUUCUGUUCUUUCUGUGCAAGAAAUGCAAAUGGCCACUGCAUUUUAAUGAUUGCUAUUCUUUUAUGAAUAAAAUGUAUGUAGAGGCAGGCAAACUUACAGGAACAGCAAAAUUAAAAGAGAAACUGUAAUAGUCUGUGUCACUAUAAUCUUUUGGUUUUAUAAUUAGUGUAUAUUUUGUUGUGAUUAUUUUUGUUGGUGUGAAUAAAUCUUGUAUCUUGAAUGUA